AUGGCUUCGCGAGUAGGUGAAUCGACCGUUGCGGCAGCAGGUGCUAGAGAAGAUAAUGCUGUGGCUGUCGAUGAGUCGACCGUUACAGCAGCAGGUGCCGUUGACGGUAAUGCUGCGGACGUUAGCAAUUCCGCAGCAAACGUUAACGAAUCGCGGUUCUACGGGGCUCAAGGCGAUGAUUUGACCGUUGCGGCAGCAGGCGCAAGAGAAGAUAAUGUUGCGGCUGUCAGCAAUUUAGCAGCAGACACUAGCGAAUCAGGGUUCGAGGGACCUCAAGUCGAUGAGAUGACCGUUACAGCAGCAGGUGCGAGUGAGGAUAACGCUGCGCCUGUCGAUGAAUCGGCAAUUGCGGCAGCAGGUGUUAGGGACGGUAAUGCUUCUGGUAGAGAGUCAGCACCUGAUAAUGACGGUGCCACACUUGCACAAGCCGGUGCCACAGUGUUACAAGACGGUGCUGCAGUGUUACAAGACGAUGCUACAGUGUUACACGACCGUGCUACAGUGGUACAUGUCCACGUGCUCUCAACCGAGGGAGACGAUCUUCGGACGGAGGCCUUGCAGAAGGAACCGGAGCUGCCGCAGUCAGUUCAGGCAGAAGUGCCCCCUGCCGAACCAGCCCUUGCCGAACCAGCCCUUGCCGAACCAGCCCUUGCCGAACCAGCCCUUGCCGAACCAGCCCUCGCCGAAACAGCCAUCUUCAAACCAUCCCUCGCCGAACCAGCCCUCGCCGAACCUGAACAGGAGGUACGGGUGCAGAGGGAGGGCGCGGGAGGGGAGCAAGAGCUGUCUGCAGGUUCGACAGCGGAAGGCAGCAUGGAGAUGAGCGGAGGGGAAGCGGGCGCGGAAAGGGAGUGCGUGGGGCUGAGCGCAGGGGAAGCGGGUGCGGAAGGGAAAUGUGUUGGGCUGAGCGGAGGGGAAGUGGGCGUGGAGGAGGGCAGCAUGGGGUUGAGCGGAGGGAAAGCGGAAGCGGAAGGAGAGUGUGUGAGGCCGAGCGGAGGGGAAGUGGGAGCGGAUGGGGAGUGUGUGGGGCUGAGCGGAGGGGAAGCAGGAGCACCAGCAGCGGCAGUAGCAAACGUGGUAGAGCCGCCGCCGCAGGCAAAGGAAGCGGCAACCGACGGGACGGGCCCGUCCCCCACUCCCACCAUCUCGUCUCUCCGCCCCUCUUCCGCCGCCCUUGCGUCCCUCCCCCUGCCCCCCAUGCGCGCAAAGCCUUUCGCUUUUCCUUGCACCAGCGCUUCCGCAACGGGCGCAAGCGCAAAACCAGCCGCUCCGCCGAUUCUCCGCGGAGCCAGCGUGCGCCCGGUCAACCACCGCCGACCCACCUCCGCGUUCCCCAACUCCCCUUCCCUUCCGCCGAUUACCCUUGCGCCUUCCCCAGCUGCGGCGUUGGCGCGGCAGUUCAGCGCUCUCUGCCCCGUUGCUGCUCCGCAUCCCUCCGCAAUCGACGGCGGAAGCAUUAGCAGCGUUUGGCGACGAAAGGGAGGGAGACCGGGGCAGAAAGAGGCGGAGCAGCAGAAGCGUACAGGCAAACUCGAGGGGGAGAAGGAGGAGGGGAAUGGGGAGCGACACAAGGGGAUGGAGAAAUUUGAAGUGGGAGAAGAGGGAGAAGAGGGAGAAGCACAGAAGGAGAAAUGGUGUGUAUCCGCCACAGCAGUCGCAACAACCGCCACUGACCUAAACCCAAGUUCAGUGAUGCAGAGGGAUACAGCAGAAGCAGCAGGUGUGGCGUCCACCAAUCAGCACGCAGUGGCUGCCCAAUCUCGCCGGGCAAUACUGAGUCAGCUUAUAGGGCAGCUCGAGGCGAUCCAGCUUGGCACGACAGGGAAGGAGGGGCAGCAGCAGCAGGAGGGGAUAGCAGGCAAGGACGAGGCAGUGUCACGCGGUAAUGUUAGUGGUGGAUUCAACAGAAAAAAUGAGGAGAGCAAAUGUGUGGGUGUGACCUCCCAGGAUGGUGAGAGCUCUGAUGAUGAUGAUGAUGAUGAUGAUGAUGAUGAUGAUGAUGAUGUCUUGGAAAAACUUUUCACCUUCUCUGGGCCGAUAGGUGCUGCAAGACAGAGGGUGAAAGAGGGGUUGGCAGGGGUGGAUGGCAAGGAGGUGGAGGUGGGUGCAGAGGCGGUAGGUGUGUGUAAGCAGAGGGUGAGGGGUGCGGGUGGGAGGGCACUGGGAGGGCACACGUGGCAGGCUUGGAGUGGUCAGCUGCUUGGAGGAGGAAGGAGGCUGUUUAGGAAUGUGCCAUCUGUGGUGCAGCGGGCACGAGGGGGAGGAGGUGGGGGUGGGGGUGGGGGUGGGGGUGGGGGUGGGGAUGGGGGUGGGGGUGGGGGUGGCAAGGCGUCGUCUCAUGUGUGGCCUGAUGUGUAUGCCUGUGCGGGACUGAGCGUUGGUGUGGGGGCAGUGAAGGAUUCUGAGAGGUAG